CGGUUCCCGUCCACGGCGCCUCCGCCCUCCUCCACGGCGCCUCCGCCCCCUCCACCCGCCCAUCCAUGACUAUGAUGACCCCUCCCCCUCUCGAUGGUUUCGUGCCAGGUUGGGCCAGGUGAACGGGGGGUCGAUCGGUAUCCAUUGCCCCAGGGGUCGAUUCUAGGGUUUCGAUUAGGUUGUCUAGGCGGCGCGGGUUUGCUGGAUCUGAGCUCUGAUUUUGUGCUUUGGCUUUUGCAGCAGGAGGACGACGAGAUGCUGGUCCCUCACCCUGAGUUCGCUGACGGUCCCCAGCCAAUGGAAGUAGCUCAAACCGAAACUGCUACUACUGCUGAGAACCAGCAAGUGGAGGAUCCUCCAUCGUCCAGGUUCACAUGGACCAUCGAUAAUUUCUCGAGGCUGAACACCAAGAAGCACUACUCCGACAUCUUUAUUGUAGGAGGCUACAAAUGGCGGGUGCUGAUUUUCCCAAAGGGGAACAACGUAGACCACUUGUCUAUGUACCUGGAUGUUGCGGAUUCAGCAACCCUGCCAUAUGGCUGGAGCAGAUAUGCGCAGUUCAGCCUGGCUGUGAUUAAUCAAAUUCACAACAAAUAUACAAUCCGAAAAGACACCCAACACCAAUUUAAUGCACGGGAAAGUGAUUGGGGAUUCACAUCAUUCAUGCCUCUAAGUGAAGUUUAUGACCCAACUAGAGGAUAUCUUGUAAAUGAUACUCUUGUUGUUGAAGCCGAGGUUGCCGUUCGCAGGGUGGUUGAUUACUGGACCUAUGACUCCAAAAAGGAAACAGGUUAUGUUGGCCUCAAAAAUCAAGGAGCUACUUGUUACAUGAAUUCUCUUCUCCAAACUUUGUACCAUAUUCCAUACUUUAGGAAGGCUGUGUACCAUAUGCCUACAACUGAAAAUGACAUGCCGUCGGGAAGCAUUCCCUUGGCUCUGCAGAGUCUGUUUUAUAAGCUUCAGUACAGUGACAGCAGUGUUGCUACAAAAGAGCUAACCAAGUCUUUUGGAUGGGAUACAUAUGAUUCUUUUAUGCAGCAUGAUGUGCAAGAACUCAAUAGGGUUCUUUGUGAGAAAUUGGAAGAUAAGAUGAAGGGAACUGUUGUGGAGGGCACAAUACAACAGUUAUUUGAGGGCCAUCAUAUGAAUUAUAUCGAGUGCAUUAAUGUUGACUACAAAUCUAGCAGGAAGGAAUCUUUUUAUGAUCUUCAGCUUGAUGUCAAAGGUUGUCGGGAUGUUUAUGCUUCUUUUGAUAAAUAUGUUGAAGUCGAGCGUCUUGAAGGAGACAAUAAGUAUCAUGCAGAACAGUAUGGUCUACAGGAUGCUAAGAAAGGUGUUCUUUUCAUUGACUUUCCCCCUGUUUUGCAACUUCAGUUGAAACGCUUUGAAUAUGAUUUCAUGCGGGACACCAUGGUCAAGAUAAAUGACCGAUACGAGUUCCCACUGCAACUAGACCUUGAUAGGGAUAAUGGGAAAUAUCUUUCUCCAGAAGCGGACAGAAGUGUCCGCAACCUUUAUACUCUGCACAGUGUUCUUGUUCAUAGCGGUGGGGUGCAUGGUGGACAUUACUAUGCUUUUAUUCGACCAACUCUCUCUGAUCAGUGGUUUAAAUUUGAUGAUGAGCGGGUAACAAAAGAAGAUAUCAAGAGGGCACUAGAGGAGCAGUAUGGUGGUGAGGAAGAGGUGAUUCGUUUUACCACCACAGACUUAAGCAAUUUUUUAUGUUUCUUGUAUCAUUCUGACUUUUUUCCCCUUCCCGCCUCAUUACAGUUGCCACAGACAAAUCCUGGCUUCAAUAACACCCCAUUUAAAUUUACAAAGUAUUCAAAUGCAUACAUGCUUGUUUAUAUUCGGGAGAGCGACAAGGAGAAAAUAAUAUGUAAUGUGGAUGAGAAAGACAUUGCGGAACACCUCAGAAUAAGAUUGAAGAAAGAACAAGAGGAGAAGGAGCACAAGAAGAAGGAAAAGGCUGAGGCUCACCUUUAUACCAUCAUAAAGGUUGCUCGAGAUGAAGAUUUAGCUGAACAGAUAGGCAGGGAUAUAUAUUUUGACCUGGUGGACCAUGAUAAAGUUCGCAGCUUUCGUAUUCAGAAACAAUUGCCUUUCAAUGUUUUCAAGGAGGAGGUGGCGAAAGAAUUUGGUAUCCCGGUUCAAUUUCAGCGUUUUUGGUUGUGGGCCAAGAGGCAAAAUCAUACAUACCGUCCCAACAGGCCAUUGAGCCCUCAAGAAGAAGCACAAUCUGUUGGACAAUUAAGGGAGGUAUCCAACAAGGCACAUAAUGCUGAACUUAAGCUGUUUUUGGAAGUUGAGCUUGGACUGGAUUUGCGUCCUCUUCCUCCACCUGAUAAGACCAAAGAGGACAUACUACUUUUUUUCAAGCUUUAUGACCCUGAGAAGGAGGAACUUCGAUAUGUGGGGAGGCUUUUUGUGAAGGCGUUAGGAAAGCCAUCAGACAUACUGACGAAAUUGAAUGAACUGGCUGGUUUUUCACCUAAUGAAGAAAUUGAACUUUACGAGGAAAUAAAGUUUGAGCCAACUGUUAUGUGCGAGCACAUAGACAAAAGACUUACAUUCCGCUCGAGCCAGCUUGAAGAUGGUGACAUCAUCUGCUACCUGAAAUCUCCUGCAAUAGAUAGUGAUGACCAAUUCCGUUAUCCUGAUGUUCCUUCUUUUCUAGAAUAUGUUCACAAUCGACAGGUUGUGCAUUUUCGGUCUUUAGAGAAGCCAAAGGAGGACGAUUUUUGUUUGGAACUGUCAAAGCUUCAUACUUAUGAUGAUGUUGUAGAAAGAGUUGCUCACCAGCUUGGUCUGGAUGAUCCAUCAAAAAUUCGGCUUACAUCUCAUAACUGUUACUCUCAGCAGCCUAAACCUCAACCUAUCAAGUACCGGGGUGUAGAGCAUCUCUCAGACAUGCUGGUCCACUACAACCAGACUUCUGACAUAUUGUAUUAUGAAGUGUUGGACAUCCCUCUGCCAGAAUUGCAAGGUUUAAAAACUCUUAAAGUUGCAUUCCAUCAUGCCACGAAGGAUGAGGUUGUAAUUCAUAGUAUUAGACUGCCAAAAAACAGCACAGUGGCUGAUGUGAUUAAUGACCUGAAAACAAAGGUCGAACUCUCCCAUCCUAAUGCUGAACUCCGGUUGCUAGAGGUCUUCUAUCACAAGAUCUACAAGAUCUUUCCACCUAAUGAAAAGAUAGAAAACAUAAAUGAUCAGUACUGGACAUUGCGUGCAGAGGAGAUUCCGGAGGAAGAGAAGAACCUUGGUCCCCAUGAUCGCUUAAUUCAUGUUUAUCACUUCAUGAAAGAUCCAAAUCAGAAUCAGAUGCAGGUUCAGAACUUUGGGGAGCCUUUCUUUUUGGUUAUUCAUGAAGGUGAAACUUUAGCUGAGGUGAAAGCACGGAUCCAGAAAAAACUUCAGGUUCCUGAUGAUGAGUUCUCUAAGUGGAAGUUUGCAUUUUUGUCACUGGGUCGCCCCGAGUACCUUCAGGACUCAGAUAUUGUGUCCAGUCGUUUUCAGCGAAGAGAUGUCUAUGGAGCUUGGGAGCAGUACCUUGGAUUGGAGCACUCGGACACUGCUCCAAAAAGGGCUUACACAGCAAAUCAGAAUCGCCACACAUUUGAGAAGCCAGUGAAAAUCUACAACUAGUGGUCCAUCAACCCCCCCUUAUGGGAUAUUUAUCCUGAACAUAUGCCAUUGGGUCUGCGUGUACCAAUUGAAAACAGGAGAGGAUGAAAUAUGGAUCGUUAAUUACAAAGCAGCAGCUAAGAGGUGGGGUUGCAAUAUUCCUGGUUUGUUGAAUUUGUUGCUGUUGUUGUUCAUUCAGUUGCUGAUUGAUGGGGAAGUCUGUUGGACUGCAUGAUUACGAUACUGCCCAUUUUGGGUUUUCCUCUGUUUUUAUCAUGUCCCCCCCACUAUGAUAGAGGUUGCCUUUAUUUCCAGUGUAAUUUAGUACAUAAAAAAGAUUUUGAAUUAGGGCAUGUAUACAGGGUAUAGUUGGUUCCGACUCUUCCGUUGUUUAUUCUUGCAUUGCCGUCUAUCUUUAUUCUGUUUCUUUUAGUUAGGGAAAAUGGGGAUUGUAUAAUGUGGUGAUUGUUAUUUAAUGCCUUCUGAGUCUCUCAGUUGUUGUGUAAAAGAAACAACUGCCUUCUCUUCUUGAAUUCAAAUGUUGGCCUGUACGGGCCGUUUAUCUUUGUCUAA